AUGCCUGGUGCAAAAGUUCUGCUGUUCCUGCGGAGUUUGUCACGAAGGAAACCUCUGGAACCUGAAGAUGAAGUGUCCAGCUUUCGGCGCUGCCUGACCACCCUGGACCUGGUAGCUCUGGGGGUUGGCAGCACCCUGGGGGCUGGUGUUUAUGUGCUGUCGGGAGAGGUGGCCAGAACCGUGGCUGGUCCAAGUAUAAUUAUCUCUUUUCUGAUAGUGGCUGUAGCCUCCAUCUUUGCAGGGCUGUGUUAUGCUGAGUUCGGAGCUCGUGUUCCUAAAACUGGCUCUGCGUAUCUCUACAGCUAUGUGACUUUGGGGGAGAUAUGGGCUUUUAUCACUGGCUGGAACCUGCUGCUUUCUUAUGUCAUAGGGACAUCAAGUGUAGCCAGAGCUUGGAGUGGGACCUUUGAUGACCUUUUGGGAAACGUUAUUACCAACACUUUGGGUGAACACGCUGGGUUGGGCUUAUCUGGAUUAGCUCCUUACCCAGACUUCUUUGCAGCUGGCCUCAUAAUCCUUUUAGCAAGCAUUCUUGCAUUUGGUGUUAAAGAGUCGACUACAGUAAAUAAGGUUUUUACAGCCGUGAACAUCCUUGUGUUGCUGUUUGUUAUCCUGACUGGUUUCGUAAAGGGGGAUAUAACCAACUGGUACAUUGAUGAAGACAACCUGCCAAAUGGAGAUGGAAAUUAUACAUACUUGAACGAAACCAACAAAUAUGGAUUUGGGGGAUUUUUUCCUUUUGGCUUCGAGGGAACAUUAGCUGGAGCAGCCACCUGCUUUUAUGCAUUUGUUGGAUUUGACUGCAUUGCCACAACAGGAGAGGAGGUAAAGAACCCUCAGAAGUCAGUUCCACUCAGCAUAGUGACAUCCCUCCUCAUAUGCUUCCUGGCUUAUUUUGGAGUGUCUUCUGCCUUGACGUUGAUGAUGCCGUACUAUUUGCUCAGCGUUCACAGCCCACUGCCUGUGGCUUUCACAUACAUCGGUUGGGGCCCUGCAAAGUAUGCAGUGGCUGUUGGAUCCCUCUGUGCCCUUUCAACAAGUUUAUUAGGGUCGAUGUUCCCGAUGCCCCGUGUUCUCUUUGCCAUGGCCCGGGACGGACUUCUCUUCAGACCUCUCAGCAAAAUGAGUGACAGACAAAGCCCAGUUAUUGCCACACUAGCUUCAGGGUUUGUAGCAGCCGUCAUGGCCUUGUUGUUUGACCUGAAGGCGCUGGUUGACAUGAUGUCCAUUGGAACCUUGUUUGCCUACACACUCGUUGCUAUAUGUAUACUCAUUUUAAGGUAUGAAGCUGACCUGAGCGAAGGAUCAAGUUUAGCAGAGCCCUUCUCAAUAGGUGGUUUAAUGUGUCCUCCCUCUCAGGCAACUCCACGCACAGCAGCAAAUGUGUCUUUACUAACUGUUUCUCUUGUCGUUUUAGCUCUCACUCUCAGCCUCUUCAUAUCAGAGACUGAUGCUUUUCUGCAAGUCCUUCAAUGGUGGAGUUUACUUGGUCUCUCUGUGGUCGCGCUGAUGAUGCUUUUCACCAUCCUGAUCAUCUGCAGACAGCCACAAAGUACAGCCAAAGCUGCUUUCAUGGUUCCUUUUGUGCCUUAUCUUCCUAUGUUUAGCACCUUUGUUAAUGUUUAUCUCAUGGUUCAACUUGGAUCAGACACAUGGCUCCGCUAUGCAGUGUGGACGGCAGUAGGUUUAAUGAUCUACUUUUGUUAUGGAGUUCACCACAGUGUGCAGAAACAAAGACUUGAGAAUUCACAGAACAUCCCCUCUUCCCUGAUAUGA